UUUUUUUCCUAAUAAUUCUCAAAUAUGGCCGGAGAUGAUGUUCCUCCGCCACCACCGCCUCCUGAAAUUAAACCCAAUUCCCCCUUUUACCUUGGUUCUCAAGAUCGGCCCGGGGAUUUUAUAACCCCUACUCGAUUGAAAUCUGACAACUAUGAUGAUUGGGCUGCUGAUGUGCAAACCGCAUUGGAAGCUAGGCGCAAAUUUGUGUUCUUGGAUGGUUCUAUUAAUGCCCCUAUUUCACCAUGUACGCAGUCAGAUUGGACGGCUCUCAAUGCGAUGUUGAUUUCUUGGAUUACCAAUAUUAUUGACCCAGAGGUACGAUCUUCUCUUUCUAAAUUUCGUGAGGCUAAAUCACUGUGGGAACAUCUUAAGAAACGAUUUGCUCAAACUAAUGGCCCUAGAAUUCAACAAUUACGUUCCUCGAUUGCUAAGUGCGAACAAUCCCGUAGUAUGUCUGUCUCAGUGUAUUAUGGCAAAUUACAUUCUUUAUGGCAAGAGUUAGAUCAUCAUGAGCCCUUACUUUCUUGUUCUUGUUGUUCAAAGUGUAUUGCUGGCCAAUUAGAUGAAGCUAGGCGUGAAAAAUCGAAAUUACAUGAUUUUUUGAUGGGAUUGUAUCCUGACUUUUAUGCAUCUUUAUGGUCCAAUAUUUUGUCUCAAGAUCCCCUUCCUAGUUUGGAUCGUGCAUAUCAGUUAGCAGUGCAGGAGGAACGGGUACGAGCAGCAAAGCUAGAGCAAGAACAAACGUCUACUGAGGCGGUUGGCUUUGCUGUCCAUGCAGCAGCAGGUCGAGGCUAUGAGCAGCAGCCUUCUGAUCGUGGUAAGGCAGCUCGGGAGGGGCAAGGUUCAGUGUGUUUUUUAAAUGCAAGAAAUUGGGUCAUGAGGCCUCACGUUGCUGGUCAGAAAAAACUUGCAACUAUUGCAAGAAACGAGGUCAUAUUGAGGCAAAGUGUUUUAACCUUCACGGAAGACCCCCUCCGAAGGAUGACAGCCAGGGGGGGAAAUAUGCGAGUGGUCGAGGCCAAGGUCCAGUGCGGGCCAAUGCUGUUUCAGGUUCCAAUACAUCUUCUCAAGGAGGAGUGUUCUCUAGUGAACAAUGGAAGGCUAUCACGGGUCUGUUUGGUAACUCCAAUGUUCCUGAUAAUCGCUUGA